AUGGCUCGAUUCAGCGCGCCUGCCCUCUCCGGAAUCAGCUCGGCGCAACUUGAUUGGCCGCCGCCCCCGCCGCCCAUUGAUUGGCCGCUCAAGACUUCCCUUUGCAGGCGCGCGCAGCGGCCGCCCGAAGGCAUCGCUCGCGCCAUGGCUCCGCAGCGGCGCGCGGGGGCCAAAGCUCCGGAGGGCGGCGGCGGAGGAGGAGGCGGCGGAGGAGGAGGCGGCGGCAGCAGCGGGGGCGCGAGGGCAGAGGGGCGGCGCCGGCUGAGCAGUGGUGUAAAAGGCAAUGUCCCAAAAGACUCUCGCCGGAAGUGGCUGAAAGUGGCUUUCCUUCUCUCAUCUGCCAUGUUGGGCUACCUCCUGAGUGGGACUUAUUUUCUCAGUGAAGAUGGAGUUACAGAAGUUUUGGCCCAUUACAGUGAGCACUUACCAGAUAGAUUCAUCGAAAUACCCUGCUCAGAGGACUAUGACAGCCACAAGCGUUUUGAAGGCUGCACCCCUCGGAAGUGUGGAAGAGGGAUAACAGAUGCCAUAAUCAAAAGGGAAGAAGCUGAGAAAAUCCGUAGAAUAGCAGAGAGGGGACUGUCCCUGGGAGGAUCGGAUGGAGGGGCUUCAAUUCUGGACUUGCACUCAGGAGCGCUGUCUUUGGGGAAGCAUUUUGUUAACAUGUACAGAUACUUUGGUGAUAAAGUCCAUGACAUCUUCACAGAAGAGGAUUUUCAGUUGUACCGUGACGUGAGACAGAGAAUUCAACAAAAAAUAGCUCUUGCUUUUGGCAUCAGCUCCUCUUCCAUGUACUUGACAAAGCCAACCUUCUUCUCUAGAAUAAACAGCUCGGAAGCGAAGACUACCCAUGAUGAAUACUGGCACCCACAUAUUGACAAGGUGACGUACGGUUCAUUUGACUAUACAUCUCUGCUUUACCUCUCUGACUAUACAGAAGACUUUGGUGGUGGACGAUUUGUUUUUAUGGAUGAAGGGGCAAACAGGACGGUAGAGCCUCGAGCAGGCCGGGUUUCUUUCUUCACGUCUGGCUCUGAGAACCUCCAUCAUGUGGAAAAGGUCCAGUGGGGCACCCGUUUUGCCAUCACCAUUUCCUUCACCUGCAAUCCAGACCAUGGUAUUGGGGAUCCCGUUCUAACGUAACAGAUGGCAUAGAUGGAUUAAGAAGAGGAGCCCUGUGAGAGGAGAGGAAAAGAAAAUAUUAACUUCCCAUGUAAAUGCUGCUGCUUUUGAUCUUUUAAACUUUGUUUAAUGUAAAUGUGAGCUGUUUUCAUAUACUCUGUGCCCUCUUAAGUGUUGCAAACAGUGCCUUAAGGUCCAUCUUUGUACAUUCCCUGUCAGUUUGCUUUUUGUAAGGCAGUAGUUUGGCUUCUUCCCACCCUUUAAGAUCUCUUCACAGUUUAGAAAUUGCUGUAUAUGCUACCACAUUUCCCCACCACAAGGAUUUCCUUCACUCCGUCUAUAGGGUGCCCUAUGAAACAGCUGGUGAGCAGAUGAAUACUCAGGAAUGUGCUGUGAAGGACGGGUUCAAUUGCUUCCAACCCUUGGGGCUUCCGUCACACUUCCUCUCAUCCAUAAUUGGUCCCUACAUUUCUCCUCCUCCUUUUCUCCAUGGUAAUGUACAAGCUUUGGUAAAUAAAUGGGGCAACAAGUUUAUUGGCUUGUGCAUUAGCACAUUUUACACUAACUGGAAUGUUUUGUUUCAAACUGUAUACAUAGAACCCGUGAAAGUAGAAUGGGAUGAGCAAAUUUUGGGUAUGUGAGGACCAAAUUCUCUCCCCUAAGAUCAACUGCAGGCUACACUAAAUCCAAUGAAGAUUAAAAUGAAACACAAAACCUAAAAUUAAGCCAGUGGAACUGAAGUUCUGGUUUCCUUUUUCAGCGUGGAGAUGGGAAGCCUGCAUGCUUAUGCCCUUGGAGGUAUCCAUGACCUUUUCAUUAAACAAAAUGGGGGCACAUAGAGGGAGUUGUAAGCUGCAAAAGUCAUUUGGGGGAGCACUAAUCCCUCCUGGAUCACUUUGCACAGUCUUGCUUUAUAACUUCAUGGACACUACCCGUGUAAAUGUUUUCUUAAAAACGAAAAAGCAACAUUUCCAUCUUUAAUCUUGAACACGAAACAUGUGCUUUGACUACUGGAAUGGUUGUUGUUCCUGUACCCCAUGGUUGUACAUGAACUGAAAAAUUAUUUUAUUGAUUGGUAGGUGACUACUCAGGAUAAAAUAAAACUGUUCUGAAAAAAAUGUUUAAUCUGCUUGAUAUCUGACCUGUGUACUUGUAGAGAACACGUCUCUUCUUUUAAGGAAUCUGUUUAUUUCGCCACCUGUACCUUAGAUUCGAAAUAUUCAGCUAAUCUCAGGAUCUGUUAGGGUUUUUUUGGAAUGAACUCUAUAUCAACUGCACAGGAUAUGCAGUUAUCAAACUGAAUGUGAAAGAACUUCAAAUAACUCCUUGUUUACAACAAUAAGCAAGAUGUCUCUGGACAGUGCCAGAGACAUCUUGAGGGAAAAUAUAAUUUGGCUGCACACAACUUUUAAAUCAUAUUAUAUGGGACAAUGUUAUAAACUGGAAACCAAUGUACGUCUUGCUUUUUAUUAUGAAUGGCAUUUUAGCUUAGGGAAGGCUGAACUUUUUAUUCAUGUUCACUUGUUAUUCAGUCCAGUGUCUCAAGAUGUAAAAAAAAUAUGACUGACAUCAGCGGGAGAAAAAAAAAGUGGAAAUGGAGGCAAGCAAGUAGGAUGGUAGAAGUAAGACAAAGGUGUAAGUUAAUUCAUCACUGUCUGACUUGUAGAAUUCAAUGUGUGUGUAUUGUGUACAUCCUUUUUGCUCCAGGUUUUCCUGGAUUGCAUAGAUCAAAAAUGCUACAGUAUGAACCCCAUAUUCAUGGGAUGAUUAUCCACAGUUUUAUGUAUCCAUGUCCAAUAAAUUAUGUCCUCUCUAGGCAUUUUCUAGGUCCUCCAGCGUGACUUUAUGAUAUUCUUGGCUGUUCAUUACAAAACGCUUCACCCUGUGAAAAUGGGAAAUAAAGGGAAGCCAAGUAUAAACUGUUACCUCUCUUUGAAAAGCUAAAUUAUCUGUCAGUACUGCUGCGAGGCAUGGUUUAAGAGAGCACAAUUUAAUCCUAUGUGUCAUAGCUGACUGACUCCCUCAAAGGAGAUGUGAGUUGGAGACCCAUACUAGAGACUACUCUGUGCCCAGCAAGAGAUGGUAAAACAUGCUGAGCUUCUUAUCACUACAAAACCAGUCAUAAGCAGAUGUAAUGGAGUGAUAGAUAUUCAAGUGCAAGGUUGGAAAGCUCUCCUCCAGUCUGCAGCUUACCACUCACUCCUUCCAGUGGAGGAUUUGCAAAAGCCUAACAGCAUGCAGGCCUCAGGUUUUCCAUUUCAGCCUUCUGCAGCCUGAAAGCUUGACACUACUUUGAGCCUGAGUUCAUUUGAAUAACACACUAACACCAGGGAUCAAUAAUUGCCAAAAUGCCUGUAGGCUCCAGAAUGUUUGUCACACAUUCACAUCAAAUAAACCAUGAAACAACCCA